AUGGUGCAGGAGCGCGAGCGGGACAUCCUGGCGGCCAUCGCCUCCGACCUGGGCAAGAGUGAACUGAAUGCGUACAUCCAGGAAGUCAUGACCAUUCUUGGGGAAGUGGAUCUCGCGCUGGAGCAGCUUCCUGAGUGGGUUGCUGCUAAGCCAGCCAAGAAGAACCUGCUCACUAUGAUGGAUGAAGCCUACGUCCAGCCAGAGCCCCUGGGGGUCGCCCUGAUUGUAGGGGCUUGGAACUACCCCUUCGCCCUCACCGUGCAGCCUCUGAUAGGAGCUAUUGCUGCAGGAAAUGCUGUGAUUAUCAAGCCUUCUGAAGUAAGUGAAAAUACGGCCAGCCUCCUGGCUCAGCUCCUGCCCCAGUAUUUAGACCCUGACCUGUACGUGGUGGUGAACGGUGGCGUGGAGGAAACCACCGAGCUCCUGAAGCAGCGGUUUGACCACAUCCUCUACACCGGGAGCACGGCGGUUGGGAAGAUUGUCAUGGCGGCUGCUGCCAAGCACCUGACCCCUGUGACCCUGGAGCUGGGAGGGAAGAGUCCGUGCUACAUCGACACAGACUGUGACCUGGACGUGGCCUGCAGACGCAUCGCCUGGGGGAAGUACAUGAACUGUGGGCAAACCUGCAUUGCUCCCGACUACAUUCUCUGCGAGCCGUCCCUCCAGGGCCAAAUCGUGCAGAAGAUCAAGGAGACGGUGGAGGAGUUUUAUGGAGAAAACAUAAGAGGAUCUCCCGAUUAUGGAAGGAUCGUCAACCUUCGUCAUUUUAAGAGGCUCCUGCGUUUGCUUGAGGGACAGACGAUCGCUUUGGGUGGGGAGACGGACGAAGCCACCCGCUACAUAGCCCCGACGGUACUCACCGACGUGGAUCCCGAGACCAGGGUGAUGCAGGAAGAAAUUUUUGGGCCGAUUCUUCCGGUAGUGCCUGUGAAGGAUGCAGACGAAGCCAUAAGGUUCAUCAAUGAUCGCGAAAAGCCACUGGCUCUCUACGUGUUUUCCCGCAACCGCAAGCUCGUCCGGCGGAUGAUUGACUGCACGUCCAGCGGGGGUGUCACGGCCAACGACGUGAUCAUGCACUGCAUGCUCGGCUCUCUGCCCUUCGGGGGCGUGGGAGCCAGCGGGAUGGGAGCGUAUCACGGAAAGCAUAGCUUCGAUACCUUUUCUCAUCAACGUGCCUGUUUAUUGAAAAGUUUAAGGGGAGAAGGUGCUAACAAACUCAGAUAUCCCCCCAACAGCCAGUCAAAGGUGGACUGGGCGAAAUUCUUCCUUUUGAAACGAUUCAGCAGAGGAAAACUCAGUCUCCUGCUCCUCACCAUCCUGGGCACUGUGGCCGCUGUUCUGGUCAAGGCUGUCUACUACUGA